AUGACAUUUGUCAAAAAACUAACUGCGCGGAAGGAAUUUAUUUUCUACCUCUAUAAUUUUACACUGGAUUUUAUUACACUUCAGCAAUAAUUUUAAAUUUCUAAAAUUUAACUAAAUUCGCAAUCUAAAAAUCUCAUAUAAUACGUUAUGACUAAUUAGACAUGUUUAAAAACAAUUCACCUUCCCCGAUUGCAUGAAAUGGAACGCAUGUAAUAUUGCAAAUGUCGUCCUGUCAGAAAUAAUAAUUCCUCAAUCUGGCGCAGUUUUUGCUGCAUUUUAUUUGAUAAUCGUGAUUGUUUUAACUUUCUUCCUCAAAUUAAAAAGAUGGAUAAAAGGAAACUGUCUACGGCCGGAGACAGCUUGUACCAGAUACUCCAGGUUCCCAAAACAGCGACACAAGACGACGUUAAAAAAAGCUAUAGGAAAUUAGCGCUAAAGUAUCAUCCUGAUAAAAAUCCCAACAACCCGGAAGCUGCGGACAAAUUCAAAGAAGUAAAUCGUGCCCACACUAUACUAAGCGAUGCCACAAAGAGGAAUAUCUACGACAAUUACGGGUCACUCGGAUUAUACAUCGCUGAACAAUUCGGAGAAGAAAACGUCAACGCCUAUUUCGUCGUGACAAGUACUUGGUGUAAAGCGCUUUUCGUCGUAUGUGGCAUUCUGACCGGGUGCUACUUCUGUUGCUGCCUGUGCUGCUGUUGCAACUGCUGCUGCGGCAAGUGCAAGCCCCGUCCGCCUGAGGAGUCCGGGGACUACCACACUUUGGAGCGGGAUGACUCGGACGGCGUGCAGGCCGUGACAGUGCAGCCGGGCGGCGAGGGCCGGCCCAAGGGGGAGCAGGCGCCGCCGAUCGCCAUGCCGAUGCCGCCGCCGGCGUACGCGCCCAGCGCCUCCGAGAACACAGGCCUCAACACAGGAAGCAGUAUACCAAAAUACACAUGAAGUUUUCACAGCUAGUCUAACGUUAUUUGUAAGAGAAAUGAGGAUCAGACUUCGUAUUGCCUUCACCAUGCACAUUGAUAUGCAGUGUAAGCCUAAAUUAAGUUUUUUAUACUAUUAUUCUCAACUUGAAAGUAUUUUUUUAUAUUGUUUAUGUUUAGUAAUUACUGUGGCCGUAUGUGUUUGUCACAACAAAAUAUACAUAACUUUUAAUUGAUUCUUUUAUUUAUAUUGUCAAUUACUUUUCUUUAUGAAUUAUUAUAGUUUCUUCUUUUGAAUAUGUGAUUGAUAAUGUUACAAAGAGAUAACUUACAACCCACUAGACUUUUAAAAACUUAGCCAAACUUACUAUGUUAAUAUAUUUUAUUUCCAUUAUUUGUUAUACCAUAAAAGGUCACGGUUCAUUUUAGGAUCAAUUAAAUCAAUUCAAAGGUCCAACUGCUUUACAAAAUUAGCACUUUUGAAUAAAUUAAGUAUGUCAACAUUUUUAAAACAUAAGAUUUUACUCGUAGAUUUUAGUGUAUCAGUGUUGCGAGUCAUUUCGAUUCUAUUCCGAUUUCUUUUGCUUAAAAUUCAGCUUCACAUAAGAAGCCAUUUUUUACCUUGAUUCCGUUCUCGAGCGAAAUUAGUAUGUAUUAAAUAUAUAUAGCCUUUAAUUAUUAGUAUUAUUUAUGAGAGGAAAGCAAGUAUGAUUGAUUACAUGAAAGCAUGUUACAUUUUAAGUUGGAAAAUUUUAUAACACUAGUUUUUACUAGCAUUCCGUUAUUUCACUAACAUUAAGAGGUGACAGGUUAAUUUAGUUCGACCCUAGAAAAUGGAAUUCAAAACCAACUGUCAAAGUAAUAUUAUUAAAAGGUUCAAUUUCGUUUUCGCUUUUAUAGCGAACUCGAAAAAACUUAGCGAAGCGAUAAGGAAUUUGAUGAAUGAAUUUUGGGCAGCUCCCGCUCAUUUUAAUGAAAAAUCUAGGUUUCAUUUAAACUUAUACAUAAAUUACUUUAGUACCUAUCUAUCAUCAAUUUUCAAUCACUGAUACCAUCCUUCAUUUUCACCGAGUAUUCGAUCCUCAAGUACCUAAUACAAAACUAUGCGAACCCGAGUCCCAACACAGUAAAUACUAACUACUACUAAAUACCGCAGUAGUUAGGUAGGUAUUAAUGUAAAUUGUUACUCAGAUUCUGCAAGAUCCCGGUUUCGAUUCCCGGUUCAUUUUAAUCACGUCUGGGUGUUCUAGGUGGCGCCAGUCUAUCUACUUACUUAAAUUGUUAUUUACUACUCAGUAUAACUUUUGUAUGAAACUAUUUUUUUAUAAUCCACGCAUACAUGACUAACUAAAUCCGCUUCGAACGGAUGAGUACCGACACGUUAUCAUAAUUAUCAAAAUACGUGUUAUCAGAAUGUGCCCGGCCCAGCAAUCUAAUCGGUACAUGGAGUGAACACCAUAAAUAUGCUAAUUGAUAGUCACAAAAUAAAUUAUAGUGCUUUAGAAUAAAAUGUAAUACGCUACCAUAACACAUGAAAUAUCUAAUUUUCUUUGUUUUUACCCGACCCGGCUUUGAUCUACGAGUACUAUUUACUGAAAAAAAUUCUGGCGGCUGUACAUAUGUAGAUAGAAAAUAUUAGCAGCUCUCGUAUCGUCUUUUUCAUAAUAAAUCAUUAAAUUACUCGUGGUUAAUGUUAUUUAUUUAUUCUUUUGGGUGUGUGGUAAAUAUGUAAUCGGAGUUUCCUUCCUUACAGAAGUAGACGAUCAACUUACUUAAGUUAAGUAAACACUUAAUUUAGGAGAGAAGCCACUGUUGGAUUUUAACCUCCUUUCCAUUGAACCAUCAAAUCAGCCUAGUAACUCGGGCAUACUAUGUAGGUACAUAUUUUAAGUCCUUAGACAGUCCGCAAUUUGGUAUCGGUAGAUCGGUGGUGAAUUUGUAGCAUUUGUUCUUUAAAAAAAUCUAGAGUUUUACAAAGCUCAUGAGUGUAUUUUAUGAAAUUAGAACUAGUAUUAUAUGAUACUAGAUAUUCCUUAAUGUAAAUUAUGCAUAAAUGAGUUUAUC